AUGAAUGACUCUUCAACUAAAAUCAAUGCUUUAAAGCAAAAGUCAGUUGAUUUGGUCUCACCAAUAAAGUUGUUCAUCCUCAUUUUCUUCAUCCGACUAAUCAACGCUUUCACAUUGCAAACGUAUUUCCAAGCUGACGAAUACUACCAAUGCUUGGAGCCCGCGCAUAAUUUUGUUUAUGGAUACGGAUACAUUACAUGGGAAUGGAAGGAACGAUUGAGAUCAUCGAUCCACCCGUGGCUUUAUGCUUUGGGUUACAGCUUUGUUGGUGAGAACCGACAAUUGAUUGAAUACAUGCCAAAAAUUAUUGGCGCUGUAAUUGCCUCUAUUGGAGAAUUUUAUCUCUAUUACUUUGUCAAAAGAUAUGAAGAAUGCAAUGUCGAAAGAAGAAUGGUACUGAAAGUCGAGCAAAAGGAAGGAAUGCCGCCAAAGGAAAGUAAAUCGACAAAGGUGAAGGAGUCGAGCGAGCCCCACGAUUUGGCUUGGGUAACGAUAUGGCUUUCAUUACUCAACCCAUUCAAUUGGUAUGUGUCAACAAGAUCGUUUUCAAAUAACUUGGAAACCACAUUGACAAUAGUUGCACUCUAUUACUGGCCUUGGAAUCAAGUUGAUGGAAAAAUACAUAAUCGAAAUUGGUACACAAGUUUGGCGUGUGGCAUAGUAAGCUGUAUCAUUCGCCCAACAAAUGCCCUCAUUUGGCUACCGCUUGGAAUUUGGCUUUUGGUCAAUAUGCAUAAACAAAUCUCAUAUAAGUGGAUUGCAUUUUCCCUAUUAGAAAUUGUUUUGUUAUUUGCAGCAAACACGUAUUUGGACUAUAUAUUCUAUGGCGAGUUAACAUUUCCAAUCUACAAUUUCCUCAAUUUCAACGUCAUUAGGAAUUUAUCUAUAUUCUAUGGUGUUGCACCGUGGCAUUUCUAUAUAUUCCAAGCAGUUCCUUUGAUGAUGAUGCUAUACCUCCCAUUACUUGUUUUGGGAAUUUACAAGAGCAUAAAGCUGAAUAUCAUGCUCAUCACCAGUCUCAUAUAUCUCAUUGGAUUUUCAACAAUACAACAUAAAGAGUUUCGAUUUAUCAUGCCUUUACAGCCGUUGAUGAUGUAUUAUGCAAGUAAAGGUUACCAUUCUCUUCAAAUAAAGUAUUUUAUCAUACCGGGAAUCUUUUUGAAUAUGGCGAUUGCUAUUUUUUUCUCCAAUAUAAAUGAAAGAGGAGUUAUUGACUUGACAAACUACAUUGCUCAAAAUUUAUUGCAAAGUGGGAAUUAUAUUAACAACAAUAUCAAUAAUGAUGCCGCGUAUCCUCAGUUUGGCCUCAUUAUGCCGUGCCACUCUACCCCGUGGCAGAGCAAAAUGCAUAAUCCUGACUUGAAUGCAUGGUUCUUGACUUGUGAACCGCCACUACAUUUGGAAAGACCGAGUUUAGAAGAAGUGAAAAUGUAUAGGGAUGAGAGCGACCAGUUUUAUGAUGAUCCCGCAAAGUUUUUGAGGCAACAUAUACUAGUGGAAAAUGGUAAAGUGGACAGAGCGCUUGGAUUGCCAGAGUAUAUUGCCAUAUUCGAACCUUUACAAGAAGUUAUUGAAAAGGAGAUGGGUCACAAAUAUGUGGAAACGCAUCGGUUUUUCAACAGUUUGUUUCAUUGGGAUGAGCGGAGACGAGGCGAUAUCGUUUUGUAUAAACGUAUAUAA